GUGAUGUUGAAGUUGAAUAUGCUCGCGCGCAUUGCGAGAAAGUUAUGUUGAAUGCUUGCGAGUGAAAAUAUAAGAGGGGAAAUUUAUCUCAUCCAUCAACAUUCUUUUUAUCAUAUUGUAUUGUUUGGUGGUCUCUACAAACCUGAAUUUUCAUCUCCUUCGAUUCACUUUGCACUUUCUUCCUCUUGCAAUAAUCAAGCAAUUUUUGCCUUGAUUUCGGUUUGAACCAUCAAUGGCGGAAGAAACUGGGUUCACCUCGGGCGACAAAUUGAAAUCCCUUAUUCUCUCUGAAAUGUGGCUGCUUGUCCAAGAUGACUUCGACGUCACCGUCUCUGCAACCAUAGUUAUGCUUCCUGACGCCGAAGAGCGAUCUGCGAUCAGCAAUUUGACAGCUUGGCUUGAAAAGCUGAACGAUGCACUUCACGAUGCCGAUGACUUUCUCGAUGAGUUAUCUUUCGAUGUUUUGAGAAGGCUUCUCUUUCCCUGGUCAAGGGCAAACAAUUAUGGUUACCUUUCCAAAAUGAGCUCUCAAAUUCAGGUCAUUAAGAACAGGUUAACUUCCCCUGAAAGGGUGUUCGACAUGUUAAACUUUUUCGAUCACCUCCUCGUUAAAAUCCCUUUAAUGGCUGCAAAGAGCACAACUUUGGUAGCAGGUUGUCCGACUAGGAUGAAGACGACGGAAAAGAACGGAAGCAAGAAAAGAAAUCUGAGCUUUGUUUCCGAUGACUUAUUGAGACAAGAAAGAAAAGGAAUAAGGAAACCGGGGGAGCUCCGACACCGACUAGAAUCAUUAACAAAAAAUGAAGAAGAGUUUAUCAAGUCAUCCGUGCCAGAAAUAGUGGAAAUUUACGAUGAUCUAACCAAAAGUGGGAUAAAUAAUGUAAAGGUUACUGCAACCAAUGAUCUAACUCGUGAAGGAGUACAAUCUAAAUUCCGUGAUUUGGAAAACCAACUUUAUGACAAAAGCAACGACAAAGUGGAAUGCAAAGAUUUUCCAGGCUUGGAACAGGCAUUGAAGAACACUGCUUGGGGGGAAAUUCCAGAGUACCUCGAAUCCAUUGCAAUCCAAAUCGAAAAAGAUCGUGGAAAAACUACUGAUGUUUUUCAUAUCGCCAUUCAAAUUUUGGUCUGCGCUGCGAUCAAAGAGAUGAAAGAUUUCUCGGUUGGGGAUUUGGAUUGGGAUACCUUGAAAAAGUGGGGCGCCACACUUAAUUACGCUGAGAAAUUUGGUUUUCAAGUGAGAUUUGCUGAUAACCUGUUGAAGAAGAAUUUGCUAGCCUAUUUUGCUGUUCAAAAUCUUCCCAAAUCGACUGCAAAAAAAUAGCUUCGCAGAAUCAAAUGGUUGUGUUGUUGGCGUUGGCGGCGGCGGCGGCGGCGGCGGCGGCGGCGGCGUCGGCUAGCUGCAAUGUCUACAGUAGUUUUGGCUUUGAUGUAUUUGUCCUUAGACUUUGGAUUUCUAUAUGAAGUUUAUUUUGAGAUUAAUUUUAUGUUUGUUAAACAAAAAGUUAAGCGCCUAAUAAAUUAAGGAUUGAAUUUAAGAUUAAAUUUAAGUUAUAAA